AUGUGGGCUCCUCCUCAUAAGGGGUACUUCAAGCUCAAUACUGAUGGAUCUUGGAUAGGCAUUAAUAAUGCUGGUGGGGGUGGUGUCCAAAGAUGUGACAAAGGCCUAUGGCAAUUUGGUUAUGCUGCUAACUACAGUGCAAUCACUCCUGUUGUUGCUGAACUCUUAGCUAUCAAAGAAGGUUUACUUAUUGCUUGGGCAAGGGAAAUCAAGCUUUUGGAGCUUGAAACCGAUGCGGCUGCCUUAAAGAAGAUGUUGGAAGACCCUGAUUCUUUCAAAGAUCAUGACAUAGGGAAUAUUAUAAGAGAUGUUGCCUCCAUUCUUAGAAGAACCUGGAAGGUCUCUAUCUUCCAUGUAAGCAGAUAUGUUAAAUGUGUUGCUGACAAACUAGCAACAAUUGACAUAACUAAAGUAAAUCCAGGUCAACCAGCUCUCUACCACUACCCUCCAACUCAGCUUUUCGAAUCAUAUGUCUCUGAAAUCCCUGAGAUGGUGGCUACUUAG